CGCGGCCGCACCCAGCAUCCGCCUCCGCCUCCGCCUCCCCUCCUCUCCCCGGCCGGGAUCCCAUCCGGCGCGCCUCGCCGUCGGCGGCGGGGGUGGUGGUGGUGGUGGGGGAACGUGGUGGCAGCGGUUGUCAGCCAUGCCCAGCUCGCCCAAGGUCUUCUCGUCGGCCACCUCCUCCCGCCGCAGCUCCCUCCUCCGCCGCCUCCUCUCCACGCCGGCCUUCUCCGUCGCCUGCCUCCUCUUCGGCCUCGCGGGGUUCCUCGCCGCCGCGCUCUCGGUGUCCUGGGCUCCGUCCCACGCCCCGCGCGGCCGCUGCCCGGACUCCUCCCGCCCGCUCUCCGUCUCCGUCGCGUGGGACCGGCGGCCUGGGGAUGCCGCGGACGCCGGGGCGGGUGCCGUCGAUCUCCCGGCGUCCCACGCGACCGGAUCGCGCGGGAGGCACAAGGUGAUGGCCUUCGUCGGAAUCUUCACCGGGUUCGGCUCCGUCGGGAGGCGCCGCGCGCUGCGGCGGACGUGGCUCCCCUCGGAUCGGCAGGGUCUCCUUCGAUUGGAGGAAGCAACUGGUCUGGCAUUCAGAUUUGUGAUUGGAAAAAGUAAUGACAAAUCUAAGAUGGCAGCUCUUGAAAGAGAGGUUGAAGAAUACGAUGAUUUUGUGCUUUUAGAUCUGGAGGAGGAGUAUAGCAAGCUUCCAUACAAAACGUUAGCUUACUUUAAGGCUGCCUAUGCAUUGUUUGAUUCUGACUUCUAUGUUAAAGCUGAUGAUGAUAUCUACUUGAGACCAGAUAGACUUUCAUUGCUUUUGGCUAAGGAGCGUUCACAUACACAAACAUACAUUGGAUGCAUGAAGAAGGGGCCUGUUUUUACUGACCCAAAGUUGAAAUGGUAUGAACCACAAUCCUUCUUGCUUGGAUCAGAAUAUUUCCUUCAUGCAUAUGGGCCUAUCUAUGCUUUAUCAGCUGAUGUGGUGGCAAGCUUGGUUGCCUUGAGGAACAACAGUUUCCGUAUGUUCAGCAAUGAGGAUGUUACUAUUGGAUCCUGGAUGCUUGCUAUGAAUGUCAACCAUGAGAACACACAUGCGCUUUGUUCACGUGACUGCACGGAUUCUUCAAUUGCUGUUUGGGAUAUUCCAAAAUGUUCAGGGCUAUGCCAUCCAGAGGUAAAGAUGCUAGAGCUUCAUCGAAGAAAGGAAUGUACAGGUGGUCCAUCUGAGGUGUCUGAAUCUGAUGACCGAUGAAUUAUCGCCCCUACACGGGACUACAGGCAAGGCGACAUGAUGACGGAAUGGUUGACCACUGCCCACCUCGAAUGGAUAGCUACAGCAUUCACUGACUUCACCAGGCACAAUCAUUGCCUGGGCGCCGUUGGGGAAA